AUGGAGGUGCCUUGGGGACAACCAAUGGGGGCGAGCCUAAUUAACGGAUUCCCGGGGGGCGGGGGCCGCAGGGUGUCGGGAGUGUUCCAGGUGCCCCACGCGCCUUGGGCUGGGCUCGCCUUCGGCUCGGUGAAGUCCUGUGAUUUUCCAGAAAUAAAACAUGGACAGUUAUACAAUGAGAAUAGAUAUAGAUCAUACUUUCCAGCAAGAUUAAGAGACUAUUUUGCCUAUUACUGUGAUACCAAUUUUGUAACUCCUUCAAAACAUAGUUGGGGAUACAUUACUUGCACAUCCAAAGGAUGGGAACCAGUAGUACCAUGCCUCAGACAGUGUAUUUUCAGUUAUUUGAAAAAUGAAAGUGCUACAAGGUUUGGACAAAAAUAUUUCCAAGAUGAAUCUGUGAGAGUUCAAUGCAGUUCUGGUUACAGUCUUCAAAAUGAGCAGACUAUAAUGACAUGUACAGAAGAUGGCUGGUUCCCUCCUCCAGAAUGCAUUCCUCUCAAAAGAUGUUUAAAAUCAGAGAUAACAGGGGAGAGGAGUCAAGAUGAAUCUUGUGACACGCCAGUAUUGGAGAAUGCCAGAAUCAGAAGCAAUAGCCAGUGGUUUAAAGUCAAUGACACGUUGGACUAUGAAUGCCUUGAUGGAUUUGAAAGCAGAGAUGGGCGCGCAGGUUCCAUAGUGUGUGGUAAUGACGGUUGGUCUCAUAAACCAGCAUGUUAUGGAGUAGGAGAAGGACUUGAAUCUGUGGGAAACUUGAGUGGAUUUAGAGUGUUCCAAGCCAAAGGAACAAAGAGGUCGGCAUUGAUCGCCAAAAUCCCCAAUUUGGGGGUAACAACAUUUGUCAACCAUCCACAAGUGUCUGCACUGCCUGGGGAGGAGGAUGAAGAGGCGCUGCAUUGUUUGACAAGAGUUGAAGUGACAGAAUUUGAAGAUAUUAAAUCAGGUUACAGAAUAGAUUUUUAUUUUGAUGAAAACCCUUACUUCGAAAAUAAAGUUCUCUCCAAAGAAUUCCAUCUGAAUGAGAGUGGUGAUCCAUCUUCAAUAUCCACUGAAAUCCAAUGGAAAUCUGGAAAGGAUUUGACGAAACGUUCAAGUCAAACACAGAAUAAAGCCAGCAGGAAGAGACAGCAAGUUAGAACACAGCCGUGCCCCCCUCCACCUCAGAUUCCCAAUGCUCAAAAUAUGGCAACGACGGUGAAUUAUCAGGAUGGAGAAAAAGUAUCUGUUGUCUGUCAAGACAAUUAUAUAAUUCAGGGUGCAGAAGAAAUUGUGUGCCGAGAUGGAAGAUGGCAGUCAAUACCACGCUGUGUUGAAAAACUCGGGUGUCCUCAACCACCUCGUAUAGAACAUGGAACCAUUAAAUCGUCUGAAUUUUCAGAAGAAAUAAAAGAAACAUUGAAACCUAAGCUUUACCCACAUGGCAGCAAACUAAGUUACACUUGUGAGGAUGGUUUCAGGAUAUCUGAAAAAGAGGAGAUAACAUGCGAGAUGGGAAAAUGGAGUUCUCUACCUCUGUGUGUAGGGCUUCCUUGUGCACCACCAGAAUAUGUGGUUCCACAUAGUUUUCCUCUUCACAAAGCAGACACUUACCAGUAUGGAGAAGAAAUAGUAUACGAAUGUGAAAAAGGUUUUGGGACUAAAGGAUCUGCAUCUAUAAAGUGUUUAGGAGGAAAAUGGUCUCAUCCACCAGAAUGCAUAAAAACGGAUUGUUUUGGCCUGCCUGACUUUGGUAUUGCCAUACCCAUAGGCCCGAAGAAGGACUCAUAUAGGUCAGAAGAAAAAGUGACUUAUAUGUGUCCAAAUAAUUACCAAUUGGAUGGACCCAAUUUUAUACAGUGUAUUAAGAGCCAAUGGAUAGGAAAGCCAAUAUGCAAAGAUAUUUCCUGUGAGAAUCCACCCAAAGUGGAAAAUGCUAUUAUACUAAAUGAGAAGCCUAGGUAUCUACCUGGUCAGACUGCACGUUAUGAAUGCAUCAAACCUUUUGAACUGUUUGGGGAAGUAGAAGUGACAUGUUUCAACGGGUACUGGUCACAACCGCCUCAGUGUGCAGAACCUAGUGGAAAAUGUGUGUCUCCUCCAUCUAUUGACAAUGGAGACAUUACCUCAUUCCCACUAGUAGCAUAUGCUCCAGGAUCGUCAGUAGAGUACAAAUGUCAGGUCUUCUAUGUAUUUCAGGGACCCCGGACCAUAAUAUGCAGAAAUGGAAAGUGGUCACCACCACCACCAAAAUGCUUAGAGCCCUGUAUAGUAUCAGAAGAAAUCAUGAGAAGACAUAAUAUAAAAUUUCAAUGGUCUUAUAAGACAAAAAUAUAUUCUACAACAGGGGAAGUGAUUGAAUUUGACUGUCUCUCUGGAUAUUGUAGAAAGACACCAGCACAUACAUUCCGAGCCACGUGUCAUGAUGGGAAACUGUUAUAUCCUGAAUGUGGAUAA